AUGUUCUUUGCGGUUCUAUGUUUGGUUUUGCUGGGUACAGUUGCAGCCCAUACGUGGGAACAGGACUCGUAUCCCGACGAACAAAAUCAGUACAAUGCACCUUCUUUGAACCGGAACUUCGACAAAUUUUGGAAUGAAUUCAAUAGGAGCAUGGAUAAAUUUGAUCGCGGCAUUGCCAAGCUUCAACGUGAAAUAGAGAAACUAUGGAGAAAAAUGCCGCACACUGGAAAAAAUAUUGAAGUGACCGACAACCGUUACGCACUGAAGAUGUAUUUUAAUGUGAAUUUUAGGGACAUUGAGGUAAAGUCGAAACCAGGCACGCUGAUGAUAAAUGCUAUCUACAAAGACAAAGAUGGAAGGGAUAAGAAUUAUUCGGACGAGCUAUCCUUGCCUGACAACGUUGAUCCAGCUGGGAAAUGGACUUAUUCGCAAGGAGUUCUGAAGAUAGACUUCAAGAAAAAAAAUGGUCCCGAAAACCCAGUUGUCAUAUCUGAUUCAGUAGUUGACGUAGACAAUGACUUAAACGAGUACGAUGUGGAGUACGAGUAA